CGAAAUGUUCGUGUAAAUUGGAAGAAAAAGAAUAAAAAAAGGGAGAUGUCACCUGCUGAGACCCGAUCCUCACGCAUCUUCUACGUUUGAAAGAUCAUCUACCAUCGUCUUCCUCCUUCGAUCUCGAUCGAGAUCGUUGAAGGUUUCUCUUUCACCCUCUUGCCGUCGAUCAGACUCAGUCAUCGAAGUUUUGUUUUGAGGUUUUACUGCUCCAAUUUGAUCGCCGAUGGAGUCCUCCGGCGGAAGUUUGGGAUCCCAACGUAGCCGGUCCGCUUCUCCCAGCGACAGCUCGUCGAGGAGGUACAGUCUACAGCUCACUCCCUCCAAUUUCAUCCGCGCGCGGCUUUCGGAUGCGUUGGAGCACUUGGGGAUUUUGCGCACGACGGCGGGUCAUGCGGAGGAGGCGAGCUCGGAGGCGUCCGCGUUGAUAGGCCGUGAUUCCGGACGGACCACCGGUGUGCCUGCGGCAUCUAUCGGCAGCGAGGGUGAGGUGGCGAUUCGAAUCAUUGGAGCGGGAGAUCAGGAGAGUCUGCGGGCGGGGACGAGCGUGCCGCUGCCUCCUGCUGCGGGAACUGGGACAGACGGGGGUUCCGGUGGGCCUGGUUCUCCCAUUGAGUCCAUUUCUUCCUCACCGGGAAGACAAGUAGGAGGUGAAGGGAGUGGCGAUGAAGUUGGUGAGUCGGCUUCAUCAGCAUCUUCAUCGCCGGCGUCGUUCUCGUCCGCCGGUGGUAGGAGUGUGGAUGGAGAGGCGAACGCCACUGGAGGCACUAGUAGAGACUCUGUGUAUCAGAGAUAUGAUAUACAGCAAAUAGCAAGGUGGAUCGAACAGAUACUACCAUUCUCGCUAUUGCUCUUGGUGGUUUUCAUCAGACAGCACUUGCAAGGUUUCUUCGUAACUAUUUGGAUUGCUGCAGUGAUGUUCAAGUCUAAUGAUAUUCUGAGAAAACAGACUGCUUUAAAGGGUGAGAGAAAAAUAUAUGUUCUUUUUGGGAUUACCUUCAUCUUCAUAAUUCAUAUAUUCGGAGUAUACUGGUGGUACAGGAAUGAUGAUCUUCUGUACCCACUGAUCAUGCUACCCCCGAGAGAGAUACCACCAUUUUGGCACGCCAUCUUUAUCAUCGUGGUCAAUGAUAUUUUAAUGCGUCAGGUAGCCAUGGUUCUUAAGUGUUUGCUGUUGAUCUGCUACAAAAAUAGUAGAGGGCAUAACUAUCGAAAGCAGGGGAAAUUGUUAACGCUUGUUGAAUACUUCCUGCUACUAUACCGCUCUCUCUUGCCAACACCUGUUUGGUACCGGUUCUUCCUGAACAAGGAAUAUGGGAGCCUGUUCUCAUCCCUCACUACAGGGCUAUACCUGACUUUCAAGUUGACUUCAGUCAUUGAGAAAAUUCAAUCAUUUUUUGCUGCAUUGAAAGCCCUAUCACAAAAAAUAUAUUAUGGUUCUUAUGCAACUACAGAGCAGGUAGUUGCAGCUGGUGAUCUUUGCACCAUUUGCCAAGAGAAAAUGCAUGCUCCUAUCUCACUUCAAUGUAAACACAUUUUCUGUGAGGACUGUGUCUCUGAAUGGUUCGAGAGAGAACGGACAUGUCCAUUGUGCAGGGCUCUGGUUAAAACAGCAGAUCUCCGGUCAUUUGCGGAUGGAUCUACCAGCCUAUUCUUCCAACUUUUCUAGUUCAGGCAUCAGCAGGAUUCACUAACACUGUCGGGUACUCAUCUCCCGGGAUACUAUUGGCAGGUUCCUCAGAUGCGAUGCAGAUGUUCUAACUGUAACCUGUCAGGCCUGUUUCCUGCUGCUGAUACAUUCGAUACAGCUCUAUCUCUCGCUGCAGCUCAUGUCGAUAUUGUUGUGAUGAAUAUAUAUGCCUAUUUGUCAGCAUUAUACAUGGUAUUUUGCCUCGCCUUCAGUGGCCAUAGAAUAUUUUCAGCAUGUAUCUGAGCAUAAAAAAUGUUUAAUUUGUAAAUAAGAGGAUUGUGCAAAUCUGUAGCUUCAAAUGAUGUGUUACAAGCAUGUAAUGUUACCAGAUGUGCUCAUGCUAAAUAGCCCAAGAUGGCAAAUAAAAAUUGAGCAUGUGUGAGAGGUAAUGCAAAAAUUAUAUAAUAGAUGUUAAGAGUUGAUAA